AGUAAAUUCAGUUUUGUCAUUGUAUGUGUAGUAGGUAUAAUACACAAAAAUACCACGUAAAAUUAACAAGUCACCAUAAACCUUAUACCUUAGUAUAAGUAUAUUAUUCUUACUCUAUAGUAUAAGGUCUAUGAGUAUAGGUAAUGUAAAGCUCUCUAAUCAAACGACGUGCUUCUAUAGGUGAAAACAUGCGCUUUUUGUCGUCUCAUUUUUACAACAGGCGGCCAUAGGAGCUUGGACUCCUUAUCUCUAAUUCACAGAAAUUAUUAUGUGAUAGCAGUAGGUAUGAUUAAAGAGUUGAAACUACACUUCUACAAUCUACACAUGUGUGAUUUGUAUCAUAUAAUAUUGGUAGAUCGUAGGCAGUAUUUGCAUGUACUAUGUAUGACGAAAAUACAAAUUUAAAUUGUCCAUACAUAAUCAUAAAAAUCGACUUUAAUCGGUAGUUAUUUAUUAAUUUUGAGUUAUUGGAGUUACCCCAUUACUUUUUAUCCAAUCAAUAUUUUGUAUUUCAAAAGUAUGGACAUUUCUACAGACAGUAUUUCAGCUUUGAGACGAUUGUUUGCAGAAAAACUCGAUAAACAAAAUGGUAAAAUAUUAAAUAUUUUAUUCUGUACUCAUUGUCUAUAUAAUUUAGUAUUUAAUAUUGUGGACUCAAUGUGGUAACUGAAUACAUUAUUAUUUUCUAACAAUAUUUUGCAUAUUAUUUAUUUAAGUUUUUAAACAUUUAUGUUUUCAUGUGAAUACAGGCGUAUUUCAUCCUUUGGAUCUUGCUAGAAUAAAUAAUACAGAUUCAUGGCUUAAACGAUUUUUGAUUCAUAAUGAAGGUAAUCAUGAAGAGGCAUUAUCAAUGUUAUGGAAUGUGUGCGAAUGGAGGAAAUCUUUUGGUGUUAAUGGUAAAUAGAUUUAUAGUUUGAGUUUAAAACAUUAAUUUAAAGUAUAAUUUUAUUAUAAUUUAAAAUUGUCUAACUUAAUGUUAUUUUUUUUUUUAGAAAUGAGUGAAUCAAAUGGCACUGUUAGAGUAGAUUACUUAGAAGAGGGUAUAAUGUUUCCUUAUGGAGUUGAUAAGGAUGGUAAACUUAUGUUCAUUAUAAAAUGUAAAUUGCAUUUUAAAAAUUUAAAAGAUUCUGAGGAAUGUAAAAAGUGUGCUGUGUAUUGGUUUGAAAGAAUGGAAAGGUAUUUUAGAUUCUGAGCAAAGCAAGGAAUGUAUUUUUGUUUUAUCUUGUCAAUAAUAUAUUUUUGUUAUUAUACUUGUCAUGUUCUAGAUUAACUAAUGGUGAUCAAAUUACAAUAUUUUUUGAUAUGAUGGGUUCUGGUUUAAGUAAUCUUGAUAUGGACUUUACAAAGUACUUAAUUAAUUUACUUAAAAUAUAUUAUCCUGCAUUUUUAAAUUAUAUUAUAAUUUAUGAAAUGCCUUGGGUUUUAAAUGGUAAGUUCAUAUAAAUUUAAUUAUUGUAUUCAAAUCAUACAUUGAGCUUUACAUUUUUUUGUGAUUAUUUAGCGGCUUUUAGAAUAAUUCAAACAUGGUUACCAGCUAAAGCUGUGAAAAAAAUAAAAUUCUUAAAUAAACAAAAUUUAAACGAAUAUGUACCAAAACAAUCUACUUUAGUUAGUUGGGGUGGUGAAGAUAGUUAUACUUUCAGUUUUUUACCAGAAAUGAAAAAAGUGGAAGAAAUUAAAAAAAAGGUUUAAAAUUUAUUGAUUAUAAUUAAUAUAAACCUUUUUAGUUUUUAAAGCUACUGCAAAUAAUGUAACUAAAGUCAACUAGUCUAUAAUGAAAACUGUAGUUAUCAGUACACUUUUAUGUUUAGGUUCAUUUUGCUGAAACAAUGGAAGUGAAGAAUGUUUCAGGAGAAACUAGAGAUAUAGUAUAUAUGCCCAAAGGUAAAUUUCCAAAAUACAAUUAUAAUUUUAAAGUAAAAUAAUUAAUAUAUAUUAUUUUAGAGGUUAAAUUAAAAAUAAUUCCUGAUGAAGUACUUAUUUUUAAUAAAGAUAAUAACAAUGGACAUAAUGAAGUAAUAGCAAAUGUUACUUUUAUGAAUGAUUAUAAAGAUCCAAUUGCUUUCAAAGUAAUUAAAAUAUAUAAGUUUUAAAUAAAUGUAUCAUUUUAUACUUAAUCUAAUUUCCAGAUAAAAACAACUUGUCUUGUGAAGUAUAAAGUUCGUCCUAGCACAGGUGUCCUUACACCUCAAGAGAGUGUACAAGUCUCAUUUGUGUUAAAUGGAAUGGCAGUAAAACAGACUGAUGUAAUGAGAGAUAAAUUUUUAGUAUUAGCUAUUCCUAUUACAGAUAAUAAGGAUUUAGGAGAAUUGUGGAAGGUAUAAGAAUUUAUAUUUGUAAAAAUAAUUAUAGCAUAAAAAAUUAUUUUAAAAUAGUAUAGCUAUUAUUUAUAAUAUACUAUUUUUAUUACUAUUUUUUAUUAUUUACAUUAGUAUAUAUGUUCUUCAUAUUUUCAUAUAACAUAAACAUUUUUUAAUCUUUCUGUUAGACACAAUGGGAAACAAGGGAACAACAUAUUUUGAAAUGCAAAAUUUCAAAUGAAAAUGGAGAUAUGAAUUUUUGGGAUUCUUGUGACCAGACUCAUAAUAAAAAUCUGGAGCAAAAAGUGGAAAAAUUAAUGAAUACGGUAAAUUUUUUUUUAUUUAAUAAUUAGGUACUGUUAUCUCAACUACCAAUAUAUUUCCAAGACUACCCUACCAGCUAUAAUCAAUCCUGUUACCCUGCUACCACAUUAAGAUAAUGGAUUUAAUUUGAAUACAAAAAGUAAACAUUCACACAGAUAAAUGUCAUAUUAUAUUACUAAACAAAAAUAUAAGAAUAAAUUGUGUUAAACAUUUUUUUUGUGGAAAAAAAAAUUGUGUAGCAUGUGUUAAAAUUGUCAGUAAAUAGUAUUCAACAUUUCUAAAUUUUACAUAAAACUGAAAAUCAAAUCCAAUUGUUUAUUUAUUUUUUUGUUUUAUAUGAUAUAGAUUACAGUGCGGGAAUGUCCACAUUUUCCUAAAUUGUAUAUUGAAUUUAUGUAUUUUUUUAUUUUAAAUUAUUUUUAAAUCAAAUUGUAUUUACACGGGAGUUAAUUUAUAUUCAUAGUUAAUUUUAGUUAACCAACCAUAUACUAGGUAGAAUUGGAAAUAUAUUGUUUGUAAAGAUAACAGGAAAGUACCAAAAAUUAUAAUAUAUUAUUAUGUAAUAUGUUUUUACAAAUUAACUAGCUUAUAUUAUAAUUAAUUGUAAAUGUAUAUCAAAGCUUACAAAAAAAAGUUUUAUUUAAAAUUGUUCAAAGGUUUUAAGCACAAUAUAUAUAUUUGAGAUAUUUAGUCUUCGGGCUGAUUUUCCAAAUUUUCAUAAAUUUGUAAAAUUUGAAAAUUAUUAUUAAUACUCAAUGAUACAAUUUUUCCAUUUAUCUAUUGCCUAAUACCCAUUUAGGGGGAAGUGGUACCACCAUUUUACAGAAGAAUAUGAUUUCACGGAUUCCGGGAUAACUAAUUAUUAAUUUAAUAUUGUCAGCAUUUCUUCUACAUCACCAUCAUUGAACUCUGAUAGUUUAAUUAAAUUUCAAAUAUUUUUAUUAUUUUUUUUUAAAUAAAAAUCUUUAAAUCUGUCUUUUGUAAUUUUAUAUAAUUUACCAUAUAUCAAUUAUUAUAAGUUUGUAAGCAUUUUUAAUAGACUAUUCUAGUGGUUAUUGACAGUGGCAUUCCACAAGUGCUUGUCAAAUUUACUAUUUCAUGGUCUAUUGUGUAGAGUAUAGACCAAUGCUUUUAGUAAUUAUUUAGUUAAUUUGAAAAAAUAUAAUUAAAUAUCAUGUAUUUUUAAAAACCAUAUGGUUAUCAAAUUCUAGUAACAAUAAAUUAUUAUAAUGCAAAUUAAUAUCCUAUAAUUUUGUUUAUUUCAGGUUGCUAAUUUGGAAAUAUCUAACCGUAUGCUUUGUCAAAAUAUGUAUUAUAUUAAGUGUUCAUUGUAUUUCAUACUGUUAGUUUGCUUGUUUGCCACUGGAUUUUUUUUGGCUAUUUAUUAUCAUAAGUAAUAUUAAACAAAUUCUAGUUGACAAGUAGUUUUGUUUGAUUUAUAUUAAAACGGUUUAAAACAAAAAAAAAUAUAUAUAUAUAUAUAUACAUACAAUAGUGAUUUUAAUUGUUUUGUAUUAAUUUAUAUUUUUGAAAGAUAAAGACUGAU